AAUAAAUUCGAUUUAAUUUAAACAUUAUCAUGUCUACUCAUGUCCCAAGAAUGAUAGUUUUGUAAAUAAUCUAAUUGGAAGGUCCAUUUUGUUGGAUGGCCUUUCUCUCCCGCUCAGCAAACUUGGCAAUUUUUAUCCGUUCUCUUAGAAACCCUAAACACGACCAAGAAACACAGAAUAGCACUGAGAUUUUAAUGGAGCAGCUUUUGACUGUAAAUCCCCUUUUUUACCUUUAAUUUCUCUCAGAAAACCUUGUAAUCCUGCUGGUGGGAGGCAAUUCUGAAAUGGCUAUGGAGAGCUGUCACGAUGUAAAUGAUAGUGUCGUGUCACGUGGUGAUGCAUCUAUUAAUGGGUUGGUGCACAUUGGUGAUGCUUUAAAAGAGAGUGAGGAAUUAGAUGUUGACUUUCUCAAUGAAUUUGAUUCAUAUGUGGAAGACAUCAAGGACCGGUUGACCAUUUCUAGGAUGGUGAGUGACUCGGUCAUCAGGGGCAUGGUCAAUGCUGUUGAGCAAGAGGCAGCUGAUAGGAUUGCUCAAAAAGAGUCAGAGUUAGUGAGGUUGAAGAAAAUGGUGAAUCCUUGCCAUGUUGGUUCAGAUGAAAACGAACCCCUGAGAUCUUUAAUUAAGCACUAUGAAUCGAAAAUUGGUGUAUUUUCAAGAUUGUCAAAUGCUUUAUUUGAGCAUGAGAAGAUGCUAGAAUCUUUUGGCAAUCUUAAAAAUGCAGCUAAAAGGCAGUUUAAGAAUCUCAGGAUAAAAAUUGACCAAAUCAGAGGGCAUAGUUCUGUUAGGAAGAUUAAUUCAGUUUCUGAGUUGGUGGGAUUGGGUGGUAUUUUGCAAGAGGAUGAACCCGAAAAAUGGAUUGAUGUGGAUAAAACACUUGAUUCCUUAAGAAUAACCCUGGACUCUGUUUAUGAGCACGCUGAUGAUAUUUUUUACUCAUCCAAGGCUUCACUCUGUCAAUGGCAGCUGGAGCGAGAAUACCGGGAAGAAGUUGAACAGAUGGUGGUUUCAACUUGUAUUCGGAGUUUGAAGGAACAAUUUGAAGAAAGACUAUGGGAUCAAAAUGUUCAAUCGUAUGGUAAUGAAAAUGUAAAUUGGAUUGAGAAGAUCAAUGAGAUUUCCAGUUUGCGUCUGGAAUUAGAUGCCAUUUCUAAAUCACUGUCUAAUCCUGAAACUGGAAUGCUUAAUUCUAAUAGUUCCAUGGAAAUCAACAGUGAUUUGAGUAACAAUAAAAUGACUGAUCAUUUGCAUCAGAGGGAUUCAGGGAAUCAUGUUUCAUCAUCAGCUUCACAUUGGGAAGGAAAUGGUAAGCAUGGAGAAUUAGUAAUUACUGUGCCAGAAAAUUUGGAUGCUGCUCGACUAAAACUCAUGUCAAAGGAGGAUUUGGUGAAUUUUUUCAAGACUGAGAUGACAAAAAUGAAGAGGGAUUAUGACUACAAACUACUAGAGAUGACUGAAAAAUAUUAUAGCGUCAAACGGGAGUACUUCAAAGAGAGGGUUUCAUCUCUUCCAUCUAGGAAGGAUAAGGAGUUUGAUGUGUUGAGGAAAAAGAUCCCAGAUGUCAUUGUGAAAUUGGAUAGGAUUCUUGUGGAAAAUGAAAAAUUUCCUGUAUUAAGUAAUAAUAAUGAGAAGCUCAUCAUUUUCAAGGAUAGAUUAGAAUCCCUUCUCUCAGAAAAUCAUCAACUGAGAGACUCACUCUCCAAUAAGAAAAAGGAAGUUAACCUCCUUUCUUCACAAGUUUCUGAUGCCAUAGAGAAAAUCUCACAGUACUCUCUGACUGAGGAAAACUUACUUAAAAAGGUAGAAAACCUUGAGUUUGCUGUUGAAGAUGCACAUAUUGAAGCUGCCAUUAGUGGGGAUGUAUAUAACUGCUUCAUCAGGGAGGCAAUUAGCCAGCUUAAGUGGAUCAGUGAAGUUUCAGAGAUGGAGCGCAAUAUCAUGAAAGAAAUUUAUGAGCUUAUACUAAAAGAUGCUUCUUGCAAUAUGUCACAUGCCAGCAAGAGUGAAUUUAAAGAUUCUGAUUUGGAAUCUUUGAUUAUGGAAGGAUUAUGCACAAUCAUGUUCAGAGAAGCCUUCACAGAAGCCAAGGAGAAACUCCAUGACUUAAGUAUGGAUGUAUUUGAGAAGGAAAGGAUACUAACACUGGAAGUUGCAGAGAAGGAAAAAUUGCAGCAACAAAUGCUCCUAGGGGAAUCGGUGAUUGAUGAAAAGAAGAAGUUACUUAAUGAAACAGCAGCUGCACUGGCAAGAGAAAAGGAGAAAGUUAUGGUGGCUUCUCAAGAGCUUGACAUUCUAAGGGAUCAGACAAAUCAGCAGCAAAUGAUCAUUUCUAAGUGCAAUAAAGAAUCCAGUGUUCUGAAAAUCAAACUCCUUCAAGCAUUGGACAAACUUGAACAAAAUAAAGUGGAGAUAUGUGAUUUAAAUCUGAAGCUUGACCAGACAGUUAAAGAUUUGAGGGAAAGCAAUGGUGAGAUACGGAGGCUUCUUGUUGCUGCCCAAGAGAAGGAGAGCAUUUUAUCAUUGGUUAAAGCAAAUGAAGAUGAGCAUAGAAAACAGAUGGAAUCAAUAAUUAUUCUUGUUGAAGGACUAUCUGAGGCAGUUGCUGGUUUUGAAUGUCGAGUAGCAGAAGCUAUGAAGAGGAGUAAUCUAAGGUUGGAAAAUUUGAGCUCCCAAUCUGGUUCUCUUAUUCAGAUGGCAAAUAUAUUGAAAAGAAAGGGAUUGCAAUAUAAGCAGAAUCUUGAAAGGAGAUGUUCCGACCUUGAAAAAGCUGAAACUGAGGUCGAUCUCUUGGGUGAUGAGGUGGAAGUACUUUUAGGUCUUCUUGAGAAAAUAUAUGUAGGGCUUGAUCAUUAUUCCCCAAUAUUGAAACAUUAUACUGGAGUUAUGGAGAUACUGAAGCUGGUUAGAAGGGAAUUGAGUGGAGAAUCUACUAAGUCAGUUUGAUUUAUCCUUCAGUAGAUGAAAGGUCGAUAACUUUUUUGCCCCUGCAUUAGCUACUUUUUUGCUAUUCAGCAGUUUGGGAAGGAAUCAUGGUCAACAAAAAGUUUACCUCUGCUGAAACAAUCAAGAACAAAAUCUUCCCAGGUGAACCCAAAAAGAUACACCCUUAUCUAUGUUGAUUAUGUUCUUCCCUCUGUAUAGAAACCCAAAAGGGAGGUAGGAUGUAAAAAUCAUUGUGACAUCAUCAUCAGGAGAAGUUACCUAGAUUGGUGUGGUAUUUUUAUAUCUCAAUUCUUUUGGCCUGAAGUCAUGAAUUCUCCCAGCCUUAAAUGAACCACAGAUUAGCUCUUUGCUUUUAAAAGGAUUUUAUUUAAGUUUUCUGUACGAUAGCUGUCCAGGCUUAGUCAGCCGAAGGAAUGCCCUUUUGCUUUCGUUGGACAAUAGUUAAAUCUCUUCCGGUUUCUGACCAGAAUGUAUAUUUGUUACAUUAAGCAGUUCAAAGAAAAACUUAUAUUUGAGGAAACAUAUUUAUGUUUGUGCUAGGAGUUUCUGAUGGGGAUUUUUUUUUUUUU